CCUAAUGUUCUUCGUAUUGCCUAGGGCUCUGUGCAUUGAUCUGACUCUAAUAUGCUGCUCGUUCUUCAAUUCAACUGGGUCCAACAAUUGAUUCCAUGGACGCAUCAACAUCUUCGCAAUCGCUCUCGUUCUUUGAUUUUCUCGAUCGCAUGCGAAAUCCUGCUUCCAUUGGCCUUGUCCGAUCCAUCAAGAGUUUUAUUGUGUCAUUUUCAUUUUACCCACCCAACCCUGAAAAUGAUGGGAAAAGAGUGCAAGAGUUUUACUUGACAAUGGAAGCUGCUAUUAGGGAACAUCCAUUAUGGACAGGUGCCACUGAGGAAGAGAUCGAUUGUGCAAUGGAGGCUUUAGAGAAAUAUGUAAUGACCAAGCUGUUUUCCCGAACAUUUGCUGUUUCUCCCGAGGAUACUAAGAUUGACCAUGAAAUCUCAGAGAAAAUAUGCCUGGUCCAAACCUUUCUGAAGCCUGAACAUUUGGACAUACCAGCAAUUCUUCGUAAUGAAGCUUCAUGGCUGCUUGCAGAGAAAGAAUUGCAGAAAAUCAACACUUUUAAAGCUCCUCGUGAAAAGCUGUCAAGUAUAAUGAAUUGUUGUAGGGUCAUCAACAAUCUUCUGCUCAAUGCAUCAAUGACUGAAAAUCACGUGCCAGCUGGAGCAGAUGAAUUUCUUCCUGUGCUUAUAUAUGUUACAAUCAAGGCAAAUCCUCCUCAAUUGCAAUCAAACCUCAAAUUCAUCCAAUUGUAUCGAAGGCAAGCAAAGCUCAUAUCAGAGCCUGAAUAUUAUUUCACAAAUCUGGUGUCAGCCAAGUCAUUUAUAAUUGAUCUAAAUGCUACAUCACUUUCAAUGGAUGAAAUCGAAUUUGAGGAGAACAUGCAAGUGGCAAAAUCGACUACUAAAGUCACUGAUGGAGCCUGUCCAGUGAUACAAACGAACCAGACAAACCAACAUGGCCAGACUGGGUGCAGUCCUUCGAAGGAAAUUCAUGGCAGCCCUGUAACAGCUACGCCCCUACAAGUAUCGGAAUAUCCAUAUCUGGAGGCAAAGAGCGAUGAGAUGACAUUGAAAGAUGUGGACAGAUUGCUAACUAUCUACAAAGAGGUAGUUGCCAAGUACACAACCCUCUGCAGACUUAUCAACAACCUGCCAACAUCAGACAAAGAACCCAUGCUCCGUCGUCUAGAAUCACAAGGAGCAGGGGUUAUGCUUGAAAGAGAACCAAUUAGUGAGAAUAAAACCACCAAAGAAGCUUCGCAGGCAAAGGAGGAGAAAUAGUAGCUCAUUGUAUUGGCAGCACAUUCACGUUUUAGAUUCUAGAGGCUGAUGGAUACACAAUGUUAAGCAUGUUCUUUUUUUC